GAUCGUCGUCAAAAGCAUUUCACUUCUUCCAUCGAAUCGCUGACUCUCUGUCUCUCUCUCUCUCUCUCUCUCUCUCUGACUUCUAUCGGUUUCGACGGCUCUAUCCCAUUUUCCCUUUUGCGCUUCGCUCCGAGGUCUUCUGAGGUCGCUCGCUAUGGCGAGGGCAAUUCUGUAGAUUUUCCUGCGUCAAUCCCUUGCUUGGAUGCCGAGAAAAUCACUGGUAAUUGUGAAAGUGGUGGUGGGACACCGGUUAUUGUGAGACUUGUCUGGUGGAGCAGCAACAGAGAUCGAGGGAAUUUAUGAGCACGAGACUUCGGUAGUCGUCUGUACACAGGCUUGUCUCCAAAUUCCGUGAUCAGGGUUUCCUUCCAAUAAGAAAAGAAGGCCCUCUUUAUUGACUUCGUUCUAGCAGUUGUUGGAGUAGGAAGAGGGUGAUGGAUCCUACUCUAAGCCUGAGGCUUGUUAUUUUGCUGAUUCUUCUUGGAUUGGCUAAUGCUUCUCCUCACGAAAGGGAAUUUGGGUAUUGUGAGAAGGUAGUGAAGAAGUGGGCUUCUUCUGCACCUAGUCUAGAAGUUAAAGAAAACAAGCACACCCUGCGAGAUUUGCUGUUCUUUCUCCAUAUUCCAAGAACAGGAGGACGUACAUACUUCCACUGUUUCCUGAAAAAGUUGUAUCCUAGUGCUCUGGAAUGCCCUCGCUCUUAUGAUAAAUUGAGGUUUGACCCCAGCAAGCCAAAGUGCAGGUUGUUGGCCACUCAUGAUGACUAUAGCAUGAUGUCAAAACUUCCCAAGGAUAAAACAUCAGUGGUGACCAUACUAAGACACCCAGUAGAUCGUGUUUUCAGUACAUAUGAAUUCUCGGUGGAGGUAGCAGCUAGAUUUUUGGUGCACCCUAAUUUAACUUCUGCCACGAGAAUGGUUGGGCGCUUGCGCUCCAAGAAUAAAGGAUUUGCAGUUAGUACACUGGAUAUAUGGCCGUGGAAGUAUCUAGUUCCUUGGAUGAGAGAAGACCUAUUUGCAAGGAGAGAUGCAAGAAGGCAUAGUGGAUCCAGGGACAUCUACGGCAGUGACCCAUACAAUAUGGAGGAUGUUGUAAUGCCAUUGCAUAAGUAUAUCAACGACCCUAUUGCUCGAGAUAUAAUUCACAAUGGUGUCACAUUUCAGAUUGCAGGGUUAACUAACAAUUCCUAUUUUGCGGAAUCACAUGAAGUACGUCACUGUGUUAUGCUGCACAAAGAACUUGGUGAACUUGUCCUUGAAGUUGCAAAGAGGAGAUUGGAUGAUAUGCUGUACGUUGGUCUCACUGAGGACCAUAGGGAAUCUGCAACAAUGUUUGGAGAUGUGGUCGGUGCACAAGUAAUUUCUCAAUUGAGAGGAUCUAGCUCUGGUGUGCAGACUGUGGCAACAAAUAAUUCAGAACAGAGCUCCUUGCCAGACAGCGAGCCUGAUGAGGAACACAGUCAGAAUGCCACUUUGGACUUUGAGGUUUCUAUGAAGGAAAACAAUGAAGCAAGUAAAGGAAACAUGACAGUGGGAAAACUUAUGGAAUCUUAUGAAAGUUGCAUAUCUACUUUGAGGAAGUCCCAGUCUCUCCGCCGCAUCUCUUCCUUGAAGAGAGUCUCACCUGCAAAUUUUACAAAAGAGGAAACUUUGAAUCUGCAGUCGCGUCGUCAGGUCGGUGGAGCGGUGCUUCAGGAGAUAAAAUCACUGAAUAAUCUUGAUUUGGAGCUCUAUGAGUAUGCUAAGGAUAUUUUUGCUCAACAACAUAGACGGACCGCCCAGAAUUCUGCCGUCACAGAGAAAUUAGAGAACAUGAUAACCAGUUCAUAUGGGACUUCUCAGUGGAUUCGCGUUUUCUUAUUCUUGCCCAUCAUGUUGCUUCUCAUAUUCUUUUUUCUUUUUGUAAAUGCAAGGAGAAGAACAUCUAAAGUGAAGAUAUGAAUGUAAUUGCUUCUCGAAAAUUAUUACAUAUCGCAAGGUCUAAAGUCUCUCUAGGUGGUAGAAAGAGAUUAAUUUUGAUACGGCCACGAUAUGGUACAUGUUAUGUCUCCGGUAAAAAGAAGGGUUCUUUA